AUCAUUUUAUUUAAAAAUAUACUCAGUCAGAUCAGUUGAUCAGUUCAGUUCAGUGAGUAAAGUAAACUAAACAAACAGUACAGUACAGUUUGCUAUUGUUAUGAUAGAGGAUACGUACUUCUUAAUCUUACUUGAAUGAAAACUGAUUUCAUAGUAGGUAUUUAAUUAAUUAUGCCUAAGCCACAGUACACCCAAAAGUUUCGUGAUUUUUGGUUAAGUGUACCAGAACUGAAGGACUGGUUGCAAGUAGUGGAAAGCACUGCCGGUCCAGUAGCUAAGUGUAAAUUAUGUGGUACAUUAUUAAGAAAUCAUUUUGGAGAUUUAAAGAAUCAUGGAUUAUCUAAAAAGCACCUGCAAAAUUCAAAGAUUGUAACUAAACAACCAAAAUUGCCUUUCAAAGUUGAAAGCAUGGGGAAAAAGAAAGAAGAAGCCAGGCUAGCAUUAUAUACAGCGGCACAUACUAGCAUUCGUGUAGUGGAUCAUUUGGGAGACGUAAUUAAUCACACGCACAAGGAGGAUGACAAAAUUCACCUGCAUAGGACUAAAUGUACCCAAAUUAUUAAAAACGUUCUAGCACCUCAUUUUUCACAAAAUUUAAUAGAAGAUUUGAAAGAUCAAUUCUAUAGUUUAUUGAUUGACGAAUCAACCGAUAUCGCAGUUCAUAAAUAUUUGGGAAUUGUUAUUAUUUAUUACAGCUGCACUCACAAAAAAAUUAUAUCUACAUAUUUAGAUAUCCCAAUGCUCUACGAGUGUGAUGCAGACGGCAUUGUUGCCGCCAUAAAAGCAUCACUCACACGAUUCGGUAUACCCCUAAAACAUUUAAUGGGCAUUGGAACUGACAAUGCUGCAGUCAUGGUUGGAGUUAAUAACGGUGUGUAUGCCAAACUGAAAAGAGAACUACCGAGUCUAGUUUUGGUGCGCUGCAUUUGUCAUUCCUUACAAUUAGCGGUCUCAGCAGCAACAAAGGAGUUCUUACCCAGGAAUCUCGAAUUCAUUAUUAAAGAAACAUAUGAUUGGUUCAGCCGUUCUUCAUCAAGGCAAGCUGCCUAUAAAGAACUAUACAAACUAAUAAACGAUGGUCAUGACCCUUUAAAAAUUGUUCAGUCUUGCCAAACUAGGUGGCUUUCUGUAGAGUCCGCAGUUGCACGGAUUUACACACAAUGGCUGGAACUGAAAACACAUUUUAAUAUGGCAAAAUUAAAUGAAAGAUGCUACACAGCCGAAUUGCUGCAUGCAAUGUACUCUGAUGAUGUGAAUUAUGCAUACAUUUCAUUUAUAUAUCCAAUUCUCACUAAUGUUAACAGGGUUAAUAAAUUAUUUGAAUCGAAAGACGCAGAUCAUUCUAAACUGUAUGACGAACUGACUAAUUUAAUUGAUACACUUGUUGACAAGAUAAUAUUGCCUACCCAGAAGGUAGAUAUUUUUACGCAAAAUAUUCAAGAUUUUAUAGAUAAUAAAUGCUAUUUGGGGUACAGAUUUGAAACUCAAUUGCAAACAAUGAAAGAUAAAGGACUUCCGCCAAAUCAAGAAGAAAUAAUCCGCAAUAGGUGCAUCCAGUUCAUUGCAUCUUUGAUUCAAGAAUUGAAAAACAGAUUGCCCGAAAACUUGAAACUCAUGAAAAGUAUUAAAAAAAUCAGCGUAGAACACGCACUAUCUCAUAACAAAGAACCGAUUACUGAAUUGAUGUUGCAUUUUAACAAAAAACAAGAAGAUAUUGCGAAGAUUGACGAGCAGUGGCGUCAAAUACAUCUACUCAGUUGGAAAAAUACAAAAAAUACAAAGGAAUUUUGGUACGAGGUAUUGAAAUUCAAAGAUAUAGCAGGAGAAAAUAGAUUUCAAGAUUUGGCGACAUUUGCGGUAUCUUUAUUAGUUUUACCGCACUCUAACGCUGAUGUAGAACGAUUGUUUAGCAUGAUGAACGUUGUCAAGACUAAACAGAGAAACCGAAUGAAGUUUGAUCUCCUUUCUUCAAUUGUCACUGUUCGUGCAGGCUUAGCACGUGAAGGCAAAUGCUGCAAUAACUACACAUUACCAAAUACUGUAAUACAAAAAAUUGGAACUAAAGAAAUCUAUUCUUCCCAAACUGAACAAGCAGAUGAAACAGACUCUUCUGAUGAUGAUCAUUUUUAGUUUAAGCAUUAAAUAAUGUCAUGAUAAUAACCUGUUGUUUGUAUUAAAUGAGCGUGCCACCAUCAUUCACAAUGAAACCCUUUAAUUUUAUUAAUUUUCUUUAUUUAGGAUUACCAAUACAUCUUACAUGCUCUUAAAUCUUUAUAACAAUCAUGAUUUAUGCAUAUCUAAUUAUAGGUAACCACAACUUAUAUAAGUGUCCUGUACCUGUGAACAAUAGUGAACAUGCAGUAAACUUAUGGCAGUGGCUAUAUGAAUUAAAUUGCUGGUCCAUUUACAUUAACUGAUGCUAUUAUUUGACAUCUUGACAAUUAGAAUGAUGUUAAAUACAUAGUUGAUAACAAUUAUUAACUACUUAUAUACAAAUAUUUCCUAUAAAUAUUUUAUUAAGUGUCUGCUACCCUAAGGUUUUCUGGAAGAGAUCGCUUUUUAGCGAUAAGACUGCCUGUUGUUGUUACCUAUAUUGUUUUCCUUACAUAUGUUUACGUUAAGACUCUGUGGUGCACAAUAAAGAAUACUUACUUAAUUUACUUAAGUACCCUAUGUAUACUAUCAAAGCAAUAUACAUAUUUGCUGUGUUUUUUUAUCAUUUGAUAUGAAACUUUGCAGAAUUUACUGAUACAAUUUAUAACAUUAGUCCUAGUCACUGUCCUAGUCAAUACUUCGGAGUUCGUCAAUAUCUGAGCAAAGUAUGAACAUUUCAACCAUAGAAUUACUUCAAUACAAAACUAGAGUGGUGUUCACUUAAUUGAAAUUUUGCUUAGACAUAGAGAGUGAGAGAGGGCUAGAACUGCAACAUAUAAAUAUUUACUACUACAUUGUAUGAUUAGUAGUCAUGAAAGAAUUAAAAGUCGUGCAUAUUCUAUAUUAUUCAAAUAAUGAUUUAAUCGAACUUUUUAAUAAUGAAAUGACAAUUACAGUACAGUAUUUUAUUGUCAUAGCAAAUCAAAAUCUAAGUACUCUAUUUUAUUAUUUUUAAUUAUUCCUACUCUGUUUUAAAUUUAAAAUCUAAUAUUUUCCCGCUUUCCUUUACCACACCGCGAGUUGAACGCCCUACCGCGUUCCAACGGGCGAAUUAAAGAACCUAGUGAUUUUACUAUAGCGAGUUUGCA